AUGAACCCGAAGAUAAAACCCCUAUACAAGAUAGCGGGUAUGGUGGAGAAAUUCUCUUCCGGUGAAAGAAGGAGGAUGGAAACGAUCUCUCCUAGCCAAGGGAGGAGGGCGGAAAAGCCCAAUGAGUGUGGAGUAGCGACAACCCAAAUGGGGAUUAGUGGGCCAGGCCCAAAUCAAUAUUUCGCUGAGGAACGAGACUACGGCUGCGUGGGGAAACGGAGAGAUGCGGGAGCGUUCGCCGGAUCUACUUUUUCCGGCGAAGGCAGAGGUAGCAUAGUGUCGAGAGAGCACAAAGAUAUCACCAGUAACUGGGACUUCUCCGACGUAGAAGGGAUCAAAAGUUACCGGCAACUAGAGGGUUUUAGAGGUUAUGAUGAACAGUCGGAUCUCAUCGAGACCGGUUAG